AUUUGGCGCUAGAUUUUUUCGCUGGAAAUAUUUGGCGGUUCAUUUAUUUGGCGGUAAUUUUUUUGGAAAUAUUUUUGCAAAAUGUUCAUUUUAAAACGUGAAAAACUUAAAAAACUAUUUUGAAUGUCUUCUCUUGAGCCCGUUAGUGUUAUUUUAGUGACAGCUGGUAGCAGGGGAGAGAAAUUAUUGUUUAGAUAUCCAUUUUGUCAAGACAGCCAUGUGGACGGUAAGUAUAUAAUUAUAUAUAUUUGUCUGGUGGUUGGUGUGUUCAACUCUGGUGCUUUACAAGGUGCCAAAACUAUUGAAAUAACGUAUUUUUAGAAUUUGAAUGCCUCGACACUUUGCUGAACCCACAAGUACAUAAAAGCUUGACAUAUAGGUAAAUUUUAUUCAUAAAGAAACUGUUUAAAAAGCUACUUUAAAAUUUAAAUUUAUAAGUCAAUAUUUAUAAUAUAUACAACCUGUCAAUAUUUUAUGCAUCUUUGCAAUCAGCUUUGUGCUACGGCAUUCGAAUUCUAACAAUACGUUAUUUCAAUAGUUUCGGGGGAGGUCUUUGGGCCCCUGCAGGGGCAUAUACAUGUAUAUGAUGGAAAGCGUGUCUCCACACUGAAUAAACUCAAACAUGGAAAUCAAGCCCACAACGUUUGCUAUUCGAAGGUGCUGUUUAUAUGCUUGAUCUCAGAUACUGGGACAACCUAUACCCUCUAACUACACUGGGAUAGGCAAAAUAAUAUUUAUUAUACUAGGGUACCUGCAAGGUAGGGAUUGAUGCGGGUAUUUAGAGCAAAUAGAACUAAAUAGUACAGAUUAUAUAAAGCACAGUUAUUACUUGCAGUGAGCCGACAAAUGGUGAGCACUGUGGCCGGAGCUUAAAGAUUCGGAAUCCAUUCAUGCCAUGAGUAUAACUGCGAAAACACUUUGCAUUUCUUGUCAAGACCAGGGGUUAAAGGGCAAUCACAGGUGACAGAUAUAUUUAAUAUACUAGAUUUCUGAAUAUAUAUAUACUUACCAGAAAGAUAUAAGAUGUAGCUAGGCUAGAAUUCUUUCACGCUUCCUUUAAUUUUAAUAUUCAUUCCUUGCUGUGGUGGUUUAGUCUUCCUAUUUUGACAUGCACAGCAAACUGAAUCAAAAUAGCACAUUUUGAUCUGUCCUAAAUUUCUACAUAUAUUAUUUUCUCCUAAGUGACGACUUUCCCAUCCCACAGGAAUCCCAUCCUGCACAGGACUGUUACAGUCAAACCGGAUGUUCUCUUGCGAGCAACAUUGCAAUAUUGUCCCACAAUAUUGCAAUUUUGAUAGGGCGUAAAAAAAAAUACCCUGUGGUUCCGGUUCCCGACCGACCCUAUUUUUUUCUGCCGACCCUAUUAUUUUUUCAACGCGAUUGACCGCGCGAUCCUAUUUUCUCCAGGUGGUUGCGGGCUGCUCAUACAGCGUGCCAAAAUGGCGUCUGUUGUCACACUAAUUAUUGAACCAAAUUUCCUAAAUUCAUCCAUAGGAAAUACUCAUCUCUAGUUAACAUUGAUGUCGGGACUCUACUGCAAAUCGCGAAGCAAAAAAAACGCCAAAACCAUGAAAAAAAUAUUCAAAAAAAAAAUUUAUUUCCGACCAACUGACCCUAAUUUUUUUCACGAUAUGAAACCGGAACCACAGGUAUUUUUUUUUCGCUUAGGCAGAUUGCUCCGAGCAAUUUGCAACCGACACGAACAAAUUGCAAGUUGAAAUUCACAAACGUUUUGUAAACAAAGCCUCUGAUUGGACUAUAAGAAAGGGGGAAGCACCAAUCCAGUUGCUCAGACUAUUUGAUUGGCUUCCCUCUUUCUUAUAAUCCAAUCAGAGGCUUUGUUUACAAAUCUUUUGUGAAUUUCCAACUUGCAAUUUGUUUGCGUCGGUUGCAAUUUGCUGAGAGCAAUCUGCCUAUCAAGAUUGCAACAUUGUGGGACAAUAUUGCAAUGUUUCUCACAAGAGAACAUUCGGUUUGACUGUAACUUUCCCGUGAACGGUACUGUAGGUCAAUGGGUUGUUAAAAAUUUUGUUUUUAGGAAUGCAAGAUGAGGAUUUUAAUUGCAGUGAAGAUGAAAACAAAUCUGAAAAUAGAAUACGGUAUGUUCAUAUUGUUAGUUACCAGACUGUGUUUUUGUUUUGCAGGCAGAAGCCAGGGCUUUCCAACUCAGAAAAUUGCGCGCGCGGACAAUUGCGCGGGCAAAUCAAACUGCGCGCGCGAUUAUUAGACGUUUAUUUUAUACACACCCAUUGACCUAGACAAAACAAUAACACAUCAAGAAGGACAUGUCAAUGCAGUUUUAAACAUAUAUUAGCAUGCAAAUAUUGACUAAAUAAAGCGUCAUGUGUAUAACUCAACUUUUGAGAACGUUACAACAUAAGAAGCACAAAUGCUCGUGAUAAAAUUUAUACAUGAUUUCAAUGUUUCUGGAAGGAUACAUAUGAUCAAGCUUAGUUAUUGUACCUCUUGUUUGUACUUAAUUUAAACUUACUUAAUAGAAUUUCACUUAUGAAUAACUAUAAGUAAAGUUAUAAAAUCAGAAUCAAAUGAAAGCACGCGGCAAAAUUCAGGUUCACUUCAGAGUUUGCAAAAGAAUUAAACGGCUAUACAGAGCAUUAGAGCUCUUCCAUUAAAAAAAAACCCUGAGCAUGUUUUGCUAUGUAAAUUGGAAGGUGUGAACCGCUAAAUUUGUAUUCUUGAAGAAAGUAUAAUGUCAAUCGUCACUAAUAACAAUAAAAAAACAAAUGUCAGAUCUAUUUAAAACUUUUAUCAAAAAGUUUUACUCUUUCACUCGCAGGCCGCGUGGUUUCUAUUGCGAUGGCCUUUGCACAAAGCUUGUUCCUUCAAUAUACGAUUUGACUGACUUCUUAAUAGGCCCUUUGCAGUUUGGAUGCUGAAAUAACGCAUUUUCAUUGCGUUGACAAACUUUGCACUAAACAAAAUUAACACACGCGUUGCCCAUCGUUGAUCGUCUUCUAAGCCAAUAACACCAUUUCCCCCCACUUCAUAAAAGUUGCCAGAUCGACCUUAAAAACUUUGGUGGCCAUCUUCAAUUAUAAACACCCUAACUUUGGAAGAAUACCGAUUAUAUUGCACUCUCUGUUAAAUAAUGUAAAGUUCUAAACUGUCAAAUGAAAUUUGGUUUUGUUACAGGAUAUCUUCAUUCACCGCGUGUCAAAAUUGUAACGCGCGAUUAUCCUUAAAAAUCAAAUUUGCGUGCGCGAUAAAUCGCGCGCCCAGAUUCACAUGGGCGCGUGCGGGCGCGCGCUGGCGCGAUCGCGCGCCCCCAGAGGAAAGCCCUGCAGAAGCUCCUCUGCAAACAUUUUUUAAUUCAAAUGCUAAAUCAGUGGUAGACACUUAAAAAUAUUUUUUAUUUUUCAGGUCAUUUUCAUUUGCUAGAAAGGCAUGCCUAAAGUGAGUAUUAUAGUUUUGAAUUGAUCCACAAAUCCUAUUAUGAGCAAAACAAAAGGUUUCAAUUUACAAACUUUAUGGAAGAAACAUUUUAAAACUUUGUUCAAAUUGCAUGCCUCACAGAAAUUCAAAUUGAUGCAGGCAUUAACAGCUUUCAAAGACACUUCCCCCCUCCCCCCUUUGUUAUGAGCAGAACUGAUGUGCAGAACAGACUUUACUAUAUGGGUGAGUGGUCAUGAAAACAUUUUCCCCACCCACAGGCUUUAGAGUCCUUUUGUCAUUGAUGUUUUGACCAAUCCCCCAAGGGCAUUGGGGCUGACCCACUCAGGAAAGCUGCUGAUACUAUUAAUUAAUCAUGACAUGCAUUUGUUCAUUUUCUCUUUUCAAAUCAUACAUACAUGUAUAGUCGUGUUGUAUACAUAAAGAUGUUUUAUAACUUGCAGUUACUCAGAUAAAACACUUGCUAAUAUCUUGACUCCUCGGGAGAAACUAUGUGGAAAGAAAUUUGAACUGAGAAUUGAUGAUGUUUUAUUUGUUGGUCAUCCUACGCUGGUGACGCAAGAGACGCAAAGCCAGGUACUGUAUGUAGUGAUAAUGAAGGAAAAGUGUGUGGCUUGAGCAUAAUCUCCAUAUUUUCACCAAUAUCCUAAUAUUUUUUAGAGAAAUGAUGCACAAGCUAAAGUGGAAGGCAUUAAUAUCAAACUAUUUAACAUUGUGUUUGCUUUACAGGUACACAAUAUUUUUAUUUGUGAUUAUACAGUAGUCUAAGGUCACUACACAUAGUGGUAAAAAAUUAUUGACAUUGCUGUUUCUCUUGCAGGCAGAAAUUGAUUCAUCAGUGUGUGAAUGUUACCAUGAUCUCUCUCAGAAAAUUUCAACUGCAUUAAAACAUGAAGAGCUGAGGUGCGACUUCGUCCACACAAAACAACUUGUGCAAAUGCAUGCAACAAACUAGUAUUUAAGGACAUCAAUAUGAUCCUAUUAUAAGUAAUAUCAUUUUGAAAUGAGGUGAAUUUGUUGUUUUGUAAAAAUGAGCUCUAACAAACUUCAUGAGAAAUAUGUUUUUCAGAUGUGGAUAUUUCAGCACAGAAAGACAAACCAUGUUGGCGAUACAUGAUGAAGUAUCUGAACUGCCUGAAGGUACGUACUUGUACAUUCAUAUUGCAAAAUUUUAGGAUUUCUUGAAGAAACGUGAAUGCUUGAAAGUGAAUGCUGAUGGAAGUGAAUGCUAAUUAAAGUGAAACAGAAUGCUAAUGAAAAUGAAUGUAUUUCAUUUUUAGCAAGCGAAGCAUCGCCAUUUCAUCUCAUACUACCAAAAAGUACAUUAGCAAAAGCUCUUUGUGAUGCCUUUGACAGGUACAUUAAAAUGCAUUGUUAAUAAUGUCGAAAAGGAAAAUAUUAAAACUUUAAUUAACUUACAGAAUGAAUGUGACUAACAUCGACAAGCUCUUUACUUGUUGAAUCAUUUUAUUCUCGUCGUUUAGUGUGUCUCAAAGUGGAGCAGUGAAUCUUAAGAUUAACAACUGGGUCAGAGUUGGGUUUUGUCUCCCUCAUAAAGUGCACAGUAUUAACUCAGAGAUGAUUGUUAAG